CCAUACGUCAUUUCCUAUAGUUUCAAAAUGGAUCCCAGCGGCUUGAAGCUCAGCUUUUGGGAGAAUGGACCAAAACCCGGUCAAUUUUAUUCUUUUCCCGGAAACAACAGCAUCACAACUCCUGGUUGUGGACCGGUUAGGCACACAUUAAACCCGAUGGUGACAGGCACAUCAGUGUUGGGUGUGAAGUUCACGGGUGGGGUCAUCAUUGCUGCGGACAUGUUGGGCUCAUACGGCUCCUUGGCCCGUUUCCGCAACAUCUCCCGCCUCAUGAAGGUCAACGACAACACUAUCCUUGGUGCCUCUGGAGACUAUGCAGAUUACCAGUACCUCAAACAGAUCAUUGAGCAGAUGGUAAUUGAUGAGGAGCUUUUAGGAGAUGGCCACAGUUACAGCCCCAAGGCCAUACACUCCUGGCUGACCCGUGUCAUGUACAACCGCCGGAGUAGAAUGAACCCACUCUGGAACACAGUGGUCAUCGGGGGAUUCUACAAUGGUGAAAGCUUCCUUGGCUACGUUGAUAAACUGGGAGUUGCGUAUGAGGCGCCGACUGUGGCCACAGGCUUUGGUGCCUACCUAGCUCAGCCUUUGAUGAGAGAGGUGGUGGAAAACAAGGUGGAGAUCACAAAAGAUGAGGCGCGGGAGCUGAUUGAGCGCUGCCUGAAGGUUCUCUACUACCGUGACGCCCGCUCCUACAACCGGUAUGAGAUUGCAAUUGUGACACAGGAGGGAGUGGAAAUUGUUGGACCCCUGUCAUCUGAGACAAACUGGGAUAUUGCACACAUGGUCAGUGGAUUUGAAUGAGAGCUGUUUGCAUCUGCCCUUCCACGUCUGAAUGACCUGUUGUUCAAGCCUCACUGAGUAAAUUACUGCUAAUGUAGAAUGGCUGUCCCUUUUUUGCUUUCUUCUCUUUUGUAUAACAAUAAAUAUGUAAAACAUAAAAA